CGUUAAUUGAGUUAUAAACAUGAGGUUGUUGUUAGGAGUGACUCUACUAGUUGCUUUUCAUAUAGAACUGAUUCAGUUUGUCUAUGCAGAGAAUCGUAUAACAAACGGCGAGCUGGCCAAAAGUGGACAGUUUCCCUACCAAGUUGGCUUGAAUAUAUCAUUUGGUAAUACAAGCACAUGGUGUGGUGGCACUUUGAUAUCUCAUCUAUGGAUUGUCACGGCUGCACACUGCGUGGAUAAAGCAGAGAGAGCAACUGUUUAUUUGGGUGCUAUUAAUAUAACUAAUAAAUUUGAGACUGGUCAGAAGCGUUACCAUGUGAAUAAAUCUAGCAUUAUAGUGCAUGAGAACUGGACAAUCAGCACUGUGGCCAAUGACAUAGCACUUAUCGAACUACCCAUCUUUAUACCCUUCACCGAUCGAGUGAGAGCAGCUUACAUUCCGAGAAAUUUAAACGGAUCAUAUUCCUCCUAUGAGCAGAAGACGGCCUACGCCUCAGGCUGGGGACGUGAGAGUGAUAAAUCCAGUUCAGUAUCCGCCACUUUGCGGUUUGUCGCAAUGCCAAUCAUGCAACACAGUCUCUGCAAAAUGUAUUGGGGCGGCGCACUCUCCGAGAAAAUGAUCUGCAUGAGCACGAACAGCGGAAAAUCCACUUGUCAUGGCGACUCGGGAGGACCACUUGUCUACAAGGACAAUGACACCAACUAUUUAAUUGGCAUCACCUCAUUUGGUCUCUCAAUGGGCUGUGAAAUUGGCUUCCCUUCAAUAUUCACAAGGAUAACCAGUUAUGUGGACUGGAUACAACAACACACAUCAUAGAUAUUUAAAAACCCGCAAGAUAUACUCAUUACCUCAAGUAAAGAAAAACUCAACCAUUGAUUUUUA